CUGCCGGCGAGCGCACCCCGGCGCCUCUGCACCUCAGCCCGCGAGCCGCCAUCGCCGUCAUGCUCGGCGCUGCUCUCCGCCGCUGCGCCGCCGCCGCCGCCGCCCGGGCCGGCCCUGGAGGCCUCCGGCUCGCCGCGCCGGCCCCCGGCCCCGCCGCCGCUGUCCAGUCAGUUCGCUGCUACGCCCAUGGGUCACACGAGACAGAUGAGGAGUUUGAUGCUCGCUGGGUGACAUACUUCAAUAAGCCGGAUAUUGAUGCUUGGGAAUUGCGUAAAGGAAUGAACACACUUGUUGGCUAUGAUCUGGUUCCAGAACCCAAAAUCAUCGAUGCUGCUUUGCGGGCCUGCAGACGGUUAAAUGAUUUUGCCAGUGCAGUUCGCAUCCUAGAAGUCGUUAAGGACAAAGCAGGACCGCAUAAGGAAAUCUACCCCUAUGUCAUCCAGGAACUUAGACCAACUUUAAAUGAACUAGGAAUCUCCACUCCAGAGGAACUGGGCCUUGACAGAGUGUGAACCCCAUGGAUGGGCUUCCCAAGAACUUCAUACUGCUACUUGAUGUAAACAGUCACCUGGAAAUGCUGAAGAUAACAUAUUACCUUAUUCAACACGUUUUCCUUUAGAGUUCCGAACCAUGUAAUGGUGAUUUGAACUUUAAUAAAAGGGAAAUGUAUUUGAAGUGAAA